CCACCUACCUGUAUGGUUUGUCUGUGUCCGCAGUGGCCUCUUUCGUCCUGAAAAAGCACUAAAAAUAAUCCCUUUUUGCUUUUCAUUUUGUCAAAAUUGCAUCCUUGUUCUAUUGAGCGCGCGAUACUACAAUGAGAGUUGGAGACAAAGGGAUCAGUUCUUUCAAAAAUCGUUCGUAACCCAGAGUAGUGGAGAUAUAAUAAGGUAGCCGUGGUUCUCGUCUAGGCGGUCUUCUUUAAACCCACCGUAGUCGCGACCGGUUAGCCUGCAGCAGCGACUUACGGUUGCAGCGGAUUCUUUUGCAUGACGAGAGUAUACGGAAACCGUGAAUACAUCCCUCUGUGCGUUUCAGUCAAUUUGUGCAAUGACCAGGCUUCGUGUGUCCAUCGAUACGCGUUCACCAGGAUCUGAAUAUCCCUGAGUGAACCAAUGCCGUUUGUUUGAUUUGUGUCGAGUGAGUGCAAAGUGUAUACAGUGCCCAUUGUGGGGUACAGCUGUGUAUGUGUAUGCGUAGCUCUCCGUAUGCAACCAGUAUUGAUACCAUCCAUAGAAAUAAUAAUAGCACCAACAGCAAAAGAAGAAACUUCGUCACUCUGUCCUUCAAUAAUCUAUAUCAAUACAAAAAAUCAAUUAAUAUAAUAAGCUUCGCAGUGUCUCGAAAACCCGACGGAUACUGUAUGAGUAUGGAUCAAAACAAGUACGGGUAAUUAUCAAAUAACUUCGACUACUCGUUUCAAGUGGAUAUCUUUCCUGUCUAUAGUAUACAGUUGAGUUCAGCUCAGUGUAGUGCGGUUAUCUAUAACGGAGAACAAGAGAGACUCUGCGUCACAUUGGGGAAAAGCAGCGGCAAAAGCACAUCAUCUCUUGGCGCGCUACGACUGCUCAUGGAGAAGCAAUAGUCAGUCGUCACCCGGCGUUCUAUGUCUGCACCAGGGUUUCCAUUGGCAGUGUCAGCUGCUGCGUCGGUAAUGUGGCGGCCAACUGCCCCUCUAGCCGGAGCGCUUGCGUUUGCCCCUGCAGGCUUUGCAUCGCUACUAGCAGCCCCCGCUCCAGCCUGCUCUUCACUUCUUGCCACCCAAGCGCCGCAAGCGCCAACACAAUCGGCCCAACUCUUCCGUAGGACGACGCUUCCGUCGCAAAAUAGCUACCGGUUCCGAGCCGAAAGAUGGACGCCCUACUCAACAUCAUCGCCAAAAGGCACAAAGCCGGCGACGCCAUCACCGGGAGCAACUUCUUCAACGCCUCCACAAGAACCAGUUGAGGCGCCGGCAGUUGAGGAUGAUGCUCUGAUGGAGCCGGCACCACCAGUGCCAGACUGCCAGCCUGCUGCGAUACCAAUUUCCGAUUCUAACGUAAGUUGUCAACCGCAAGGAACUUCACCAACAACUAAUGAAGCGCAAUCGCCCAUCCAGCCUUCUAAUCACACCUCAAACGACUCUUCAACGAGUCCUCAGCCUAUGGGGGCUGCGCUCAACCCUGAAAAGCCCCCCACGCCGCCUAGUGAUGGUCUCAGUCUAAGUACAUCAGCUACCUCAAACGCCAGCAGCAACUGUAGCUUAACGUCAGGUGUGUCUACAUUCAACGACCCGUGCGCCCAAAUACCUUCUUUGAGCGACCUGAUGCAACCUCUUUACUGCAAGGUAUGUGACGCCAAGCUCAAUGGUCGUCUCCAAGCCUCAGCACAUUACGACGGUAAAAGUCAUCAUCGACGCCUCAGGCAAUACCUAGAGAAAGCCGGGAGAACAAGUGAUCUGCACAAGCUCAAGGAACUCCACCAACAAAAAAAGUUGGAAAAAAAGAGCGCUGGGGGUGACAAGCUCGAAGAGAGUUUCUGCAAGCUAUGUGAUGUAGCGUUCACCUCAGAUGUGCAAGCAAAGCAGCACUACGCCGGACGAAAUCAUCAGAGAAGACUCAGGGGAGAGCCCCCAUUACCGAAAGGCUUCUACAACCCGGUCACCGGUAAAUGGCAAAGACAACCUCCGACAGGACUACCUUUAAAAAUUGCGACAAGUGCGGGAGCUGCGACCACCGGGGUAGCAGCCGCCGCUACUGCUGCUCUUGUGACAGGACCGCACGGCGCGCACGCCUCAGCGUUAACCCCCGGUCAUCAUCCCACGGUAACAUCGGCAAAUCUUCUUGGAGCUGCGCAAUCUCAAGCGGCAGCACUUACCGCUGCCCUCUUUUCGUCCCAGACAGCUUUACAGUCACUCCCAUUUUAUUGCGAAGCUUGUAACGUCGCCUUUCCAAAUCAACAGCAAAUGACAGCACACCUAACAAGUCCAGUACAUAAAUCGCGCAUGAACGACGCAGCCUUGCUGGCACCUCUACUGGCGGCCGCCGCUGCCGCCGCUGCAGCGGCACGAAGUGGCCCCGGAGCGGACGCCGGCGGUGGACUGAUUCUUCCGUUGGGAGCUCCACCUCCUCUUUUACAGUUUGGGCAUCCACUCACUGCACAUCAGCAUCCGCACUUCCAUCAUCUGCAUGCAACGACAUCGAUGACGGCAGCUGCCGCCCCGUGUGGCGCCCUGCCAGACCUAUAGAGGCUGACAGUAAUCAUACGAGCCAGCGUAAGAUGACAACCGACACUAUGUUAAAAUUACAAUAUAUACGUGUAUAUAUAUAUACAUCUACAAUAACCGGCAAAGUAAUGCAUAGAAAAUCGGAUAGAACAACGAUCACCGUUCGGUACCAGCGAAAUAGCCCGCGUCACAGUCUGUUAUAUUAAGGUAAAAUAUGCUUUCUUUCGUAGUCUAUUAACGAUUCCCGCUUGUAUUGAUGCGUACGAGCAGGUGGCUGUAAUCGACGAGAACUUCUGGAUUCAAGCUCUGAGUGAGAUAAUCAAUUGAUACAAACGAUCCAAGAUUACAACUGGUGAAAUCUUUUUUUAGCUUGAACUUGAAGAUUAAGUUUAAAAUGUUAGUCGUUGUUAGCCGAAUCAUCAGUGUUCACUAACUAUACCCAUACAGGGUUCCGACCGACAUCGAAAAACGUGCAUGCAGAAAAAAUGUCACGUGUGUGCUUCUAUAUCCGGACUAUGUACUAUACGUAAUUUUAAUGGUCUGCUGCUUUUUCAGACGUAACCAGUCGUCACCAUCCGAAUAUACGUCGUCAAUUCAGCGAAUUCUACAGAAAAACUGGCGUGUUACCUGAGGAGAUCUGUCGUAAAUCACCCUUCGAGCGCGGAUACAACAAAUGGCUAAACAGAUCAAUUUGAUAUGAACCUCGCACGAGUGUUUAGCAGAGGUGCUGCUAGUGAUUAAAUUGGGCAACAAAAUCUUCAGUAGUCGUUACAUUGUCCGCUUGUUAACGGAACUGAUGGAAUAGAUCUCACGACCUUUGAAACAAAACAUGCUAGGAAAAAAUCAGGCCGUUGAUCGCGCGAUUUUAACUGCAACACUUGUUUAACUUUUGCUGGAAAAUAGACAGAACAGGUGCGGUGUUUUUAUCGAGGCAGACCUUCGACAUUUACUGUUAGGGAUCUGAAUGAUCAAGACGAUUUGAACAAUUGAGCUCGAACAUUCGAAUUGGCCUCAUCGUUGUAAUUUACGUUUUCUUUUUCUACAUUGCUGCAUCCUGCUUUGUUCGGUGCUGAACGCCAGCGUCACAGCGGCUACAGAUAGAUCGUAGCGUUGUUAUUAUCCAAUGCUCUUCACAUCGAUGCUCGCUCUUAUCACAUACUAAUUCCGGUGAGCGCCAUUGCUGAAUAAUCGAUCAGUGAUCAAUCGAUGUGCGACCCUGCACAAGUUUUAUAAGGUGUUUCUAGCCGACUGAUGUGUACUAUAGGCGGUGGAAAUGUUUUCCAUUACUUUUCAAUGCCAUAACAAUUGGUGAUUAGGGUUGUUUGUUUGUAAGGCGGUUAACAGGAUAACGAUUCGGUAGUUAACUCUAGGAUCUAGUUUCCUCGGUCAAAUAGACAUCGUUAGUAUUGGCCGUAAGUUGAAACAAUAGUAGCCACUAUAGGAUACUGAUUCCAUUCGAUCUACUUCGCGCCGCCAUUUUUCAAACGCCGCAAAGUGCACGAGCACAAUUCACAAUAUAUAUAUAUAUAUAUAUAAAUUUUUUCUUUUUUAUUCCUGGUAGAUUCAGGAUAUGGAUCUUAUAAGAUAGACUCGCUGUUACAAAUGGAUAUUUUUUUGACAGAAUAGUUUCAUGGGAUGAUUAGAAUGAUGGGUUGAUUGACGGCAGAUUUGCUUGGAGACAUAACUAAUAGCACCAUAUAUUUAAUGACUAUUCUCGUUUGAGAUACAACAGUCAACUGGGCAGCAGGCCUAUCCUCCUGAAGCUCUCAGAGCUAUUUCUUUGAUCCCGUUCAUUUAACAGCUCAAUGUACUGUGUUAAGCUUGAACCCUAACAGUUUUCAUGUUAAAUUUAAGAGGAUAUACAUAUAUAGGAAGAAAGCAUCCGUGAUAUCUUUUUGGUAACAUAGGGUAUGCAAUACUAAGAGAGAAGGCAGUCUCGGUACGGAAAUAUCACUAGUUUGUCUGAGGUUUGUGCAAUAAUAGUGAUAAAGAUAUACAACUUCAUUUUACCGGCACUUCUAUAUAUAUAUCAUUCCAUCUAAGUGGAUAUUGAACACUGGACAUUGGCCAAGUCUAGCGAUUCUGUAGUGGUCGGUUAUCUUCCCCUUCAUUUUGCUUCAUCGCCACAUCGUUAUUCUAUAUCCAUUCAAUAUAUACAAAUGCGGGACACAGUUAAACUAACCUGAUUACUACUAUACGAUCUAUCUGAAGGUGUUGCAUAGGGGGUAGUUAUUUGUUGAGUGCAUAUUUUUGUCUCUCUAUUUAUUAUUACUUAAGGGGUUGGUAUUUCAUCAUAGGUGGCCGUUGUGGCAGUUUGGCUGCCUCUCUCUAUCUAUGCAUGCUGUUCAUGCAUUACGCAGCUUUGUGGAUGCACGAGCCUACUUUACCGAACGACGUCAACAAGACAGACAUUGAAAGAAGCCGGUACAUAAAUCAGGGUCUGAAUGUCAUAUUAUGACUAUGUUCACUCUAACCGUUAAACGCGAUAAGCUGGCCUAUAUUUUAUGAAACGAAAGGUGUCGUCGCAGUGUUACAGCAAUAGCAGGGCAAAUUCUCAUUACGUCUUAAUACGGCGCUAAAAGCAAAAUUGUAGCCAUUAUAUCGGAUACAAAAGCUGAUAGGAGGGCUUUAUUUUACAUAGCGUGAGCAUAACUGAUAUUCUAAUGGAGUCCGCUGUGAUGACACGAUGAGCGUAACAUGAACAGAUAAAUCAGCUGAACUAACCAAGUACUUGUUACAUAUAACGCUCAAUUUAGCGUAGACAAUACCCCUUGCAGUUACAUGCUUACAGAGUAGACACAAGUUAAAGACACAGCUCACACUGUCCAUGGACAUAGUUAACAAGUUUUUUUUUUUUUUACAAUUUUUUAAACGGCCUUGAUUUUUUGUCGAGUCUAUGUACUUGCAGUUGAGCGAUUUUGGGCAAUUUUUGCUAUUAGGUUCGCUUGAACUGUGGUCAUAUUUCUGCACCCCACUUAAACGAACAAAACGGGUUAACGUCCAGGUAUGCUGUAUUACGUGUACGAAUCAAACCAGAAUUCAGGGAAAUACCUUCACUCAAAUACUGUAAUCGUUUAAAUUUCCCAAACAUUUCAAGAUAUGCUGAUGCCACUCAGUUAAAAUAUUAUCGCAUAUGUUUUAGGCCACAAUGAUCCCAUGCUCUAUGUGAUAGACGAUUUGACGCCCUCAAUCUCGUUUCACGAACGGUGAGUGAACCUUACAGGCGUACGCACCAGACGUAAGCCCAAUGCAUAGCCUAUACCUGCGGGUACGUAAUAGGCCUGCCUGGUUAUCUAGGACUAUGAGAAUACGAGUAGAAAAAAAAAAGCUGAACUUCCUGUAAAAUCCACCAGACAUCGGAGUGUUAAACAGAGUUUUGAAGACAGACAAAAUAAAGCAUCACAAUUCUGGGUGGUAAGCAUUCGUGACUGGUGAUACUAGCAAAGAAAACAACUGCAUCCCAAAAGGUUUUCUUACCAAAUUCGAACACUAUAUCUACGGGGCUAAUAUUCUACCUUCUUGAAAGCAGAAACACGCGUCACUAGCACAACCCGUUACUACCGACGGGUGCUAAGACUAAACAAGAUUACGUUAUAUAUUAAUGUGUGUCCUCUUCAUGAGUGCAAUGUUCCAUAGGUAUAAAACAUUUACUGAUGAAAAAGCUAUCUAUCGCCAUCGAAAGAGACUGUGCAGCGACAUAAUAUAUAUAUAUAUAUAUAUAUAUAUAUAUAUAUAUAUACAAAAAGUUAUUGGUCAACAACAGUUGAAUUAACAUACGUUGUACAUUACCUCUACGAUAUAAUGGUUGUCAAUGAUGUGAUUGGUAUAUCAACAAUAUUAUCAUGUGUAACUGUAGUGUAUAUAGCCUAUACGUUUAUAUAUUACGGUUAGACGGCUAGCAAAAAUGCAAAAUUAUGACAUAAGCUAUAGAGGUAGUAGAAACCCAGAUGUAGUAUAUUGAUACAUAAUAACAAUAAUAUCGAUAAUUAUAAACAUUAAUUUAAUAAUAAUAUUGUAUAAAAGUAGAGUGUACGGACUGUAGAAACAUCAAUAAUUCAAAGAUGGUAAUAUUGUACAGGUUCCCGAUUUGCAAUUGAUUCCGUCUCCAUCAGUCUUAUCCAUUGUCGUGAUAUUAUCACUACGUUUAUCGUAUCAUCAUCAUAUUAUGCUAUAUGUAAUUGCUAUAGUAGGUCGAUUUAUCAAGCGUUUGAAUCGCUGCUGGAGUGUUUAUCCUUUCAUCAACAGUAUAGCGAAUAGAUUUGUGAGACUUCUCGACCUGGACUCACUGAUUGGUAUUUCUACCGCCUCGAACGCUGUUAACGUUGUCGUCAGAUUCCGUGUUCUUCCAGGCUGUAUUAAAGGUGUCGGAAUUAAUGAUCCUGGAGAAACUAAUCGUUCGUUCAGCAAUUACAAGCCGUUUGCGGGCUUGGGUUUCUGUCAGUUUCUUGCAGAGGACACCAAUAUAGAGAUUUCUAACCCAAAUGUAGAAAGAAUGAAAGCAUGUACUUAGAUGGGGCCUGGCCGAUACGGUUGUCUGCCGCUUAAGUAGUUCAGGCCGGACCCCCAGUUGGAGAAUCAACUCUGUUCCGUAGUAUACAUAAUAAAUGAACAAGACUACUACAACCGAGUACUGAGUAGCAAAAUAUUAAAAGCGGUGUAGGGUCACUGUAAGGUAUUCGUCUGGAUAGUACAGGACACAUCGCCGUCGUCCCUAGAACCAUCGUUGUGCCAUGCACUUUUACUGUGAAGCCUCUGAGAAUAUGGAUACCUCUAGAAAUGAUGGUUUGAAAAUCGACAUUAAUAAUAACUGCCUAUACUUGUUUGCUUCAUAACAUGCAAGUUGCAGAGUUCCCACUUUGCCAGUGUUCUACAGCGCCGUUUCGAUGCCAUCAUCUCGGCCCUAUUAGUCGCAUCCUUGUAUCUAUGCUGAUUCGAAGCUGAUCUGCCAAGUCUGCGAAGUGAGCCACUUCAACACGGAAUUUAGAGAAGGAAGCAAACGGAUUCAGUUAAUAUCAUGGUGUUGGGAACUCGGGCAAGCCAGUUGUCUUAAACGUCUUCAAAACUCAAAAGCGUGUUUCUUUACAUGAAUUGCAGAUGCACAUUAAACACUUCGAGUGUAAUAAUUGGCGGUAUAAAUCCGCAGAAGUUAAAACCUCACGCUCAAAUGUGCUUAGAGCAACACAAAAGUAUCGUAAAGAGAAUAUGAAGUAACUAAAGAACGACUGAAAGAAAAUUCCAUAUUUAUCCUUUCCGUGAAAACCGCUCAGGAACUGUUGAAGGUUCACUUGUGUCAAGGUAAACAACUGUUGAUGGCCACAACGAUAGGUGGGCAUAGACAUAGCGAUAAAAAAGGUCAUGUAUCUGGACAUAGCAGCAGCUUUGGCGAGAGUCAGGUGUGUAAGUAAGAAAGCGACAAUGAAAUCUAAGUGAAUUUCAUGUAGAAUUUAAGCUUAGAAAUAAAAAAAAAAGAACAACACCAUAUUUGUUUGCUAGUUUCGAAGCAUAAAAAACUUUUACUCUCAACUUACCAACGCCAACUAAAUCAGUAUACGAGACAAUCUAAUUUGCAACGCGUUCAGCAGUGACUUAAGGUAGAAGGAUACAUCUCGAGAAGUCUUGCGGCCUGCUGGUUUUGAAGAAAGUUCCAUGGGCACUCACGAAGGAACCAAAUUCUGUUUUUCACAUGGCGUCUUCUCACGAACGAGUUAAGUGUUUUUCGGUGGCUCCACCAAGCCAGCUGUUUCUUAAAAAGGUAGGCUUUGGCUAGUAGAAGUCUUCUUGCUAUUGCCUCUGACCACUGUGUUAAACCACGGUAGUCUUCAACACCAAGAGUAACAAGUUUCCAUUUGUUUUAUGUUAGUGAUAAAAGCAUAAAACGAUGAAACUACGAUCACAAAUGGACUAAAUAUAUGAUGCCUUUAUAGCUCAAACGCUCAUCGGAGUGACUCAACCUUGGUAAAUAAUUAAUUCCACGAAUAAUCCAUAAAAUCUUUUUUUGUGGCAUACGCAACAAAUCAGUAACUGCGACUCCAAUGACUUAUAGCUGAUUAAGUUACUUUUUCAUUAUAGAGAAAGGAAAUACAGUACUAUACUUGGCAAGAAAAUCGAAAUUAAUACAGUGGACCUGAAAACAGCAACUAAAGACUAGAAAAAAUGUGUUGCCAUCAGCUUCUGAAUGCGUAAACGAAUACAGUUAUCUACGACAAGCGAACAUAUUCCGCUUCAUCGAGGCGUAUGCAGAUCAUAAUAUAGAUAUAAUAUGAAAAAGAAACAAGGCAGCGUCAACCUGCAGUUUUCUAGAAUGACGCUUCAUUUGUCUCUCCUGAUAUAAAUCCAGUGCUAUCGAAUCGAGUGUGUCAAGUUUGAGACGAUGCUGUCAUUUCUAUGGCCUCUGACCUAGCGUAUCGUUGUGCGUGGUUAUUGCCUCUUGCCAGUAGAAAUGGUCUACUAUAAUAUAAUCUUAGCGGUGACAGCAUUCACACCUUUUCCGAAUGAUCACAUACAAAAGCUGAACCGACGAAAGAAUACGUUACUACUGCAUAGAUGUUUUGCCAUGAUUUCAAAAGCCCAAUAAACUGUAACAUAAAGCAUGAGGCAAAAUACAUCCGCGAAAGAGGCACAAAGCAUACUUUAAAGUUACACUACCUCAGAGCACCUCACAUGAAGUAUUAAGUAGGUGUUCGGUACAGGUAGGAACAUGCGUACUAAAAGAAGCGAUUGUCGUCAUGACAUAACGCGUUGGUUAGCAGUAUCGUUCUAUGAGGAUUCUUUUAGGCUCAUAUUCAUCAAUUGAAGGCGACUGCUUUGCUAGUGUUGCUCGAGUCGCCAUAUUCAUUCCGUCCUGCGACCGUCAGUAGUGUUUAGUGAACAAGGAUGUAGAGUUCGACAGUAGAACAGGUUCAAUAGAGGCCAAUCCUUCAAGCCGGUACACACAGAACUAGAUGAUUGAAUAGUGUACCCAAGAAACUGAAGGCAACUUCGAGUACUAUAUAUAUAUAUAUAUAUAUAUAUAUAAACACUGUACCGUUCAGUCAAAUGUGUGGAGUAUCUUGCCAAAAAUCAAAAA